AUGAAUGAUUUUGGAAUCAAGAACAUGGACCAGGUGGCCCCUGUGGCCAGCAGCUAUAGAGGGACACUCAAGCGCCAGGCCGCCUUUGACACCUUUGAUGGGUCCCUGCUCGCGGUUUUCCCCUCCCUCAAUGAAGAGCAAACACUGCAGGAAGUGCCAACGGGCUUGGAUUCGAUUUCUCAUGACUCGACCAACUGCGAGUUGCCACUGCUAACCCCAUGCAGCAAGGCUGUGAUGAGUCAAGCCUUAAAAGCCACCUUCAGUGGCUUCAAAAAGGAGCAACGCCGGCUGGGGAUCCCGAAGAAUCCCUGGCUGUGGACCGAGCAGCAGGUGUGUCAGUGGCUUCUCUGGGCCACCAACGAGUUCAGUCUGGUGGACGUGAACCUGCAGAGGUUUGGCAUGACGGGACAGGUGCUGUGUAACCUUGGCAAGGAGCGCUUUCUGGAGCUGGCGCCCGACUUUGUGGGCGAUAUUCUCUGGGAGCAUCUGGAGCAGAUGAUCAAAGAAAACCAAGAAAAGACCGAAGAUCAGUAUGAAGAAAAUUCGCACCUCAACUCAGUUCCUCAUUGGAUUAAUAGCAAUUCGUUAGGUUUCGGCGUGGAGCAGGCGCCAUACGGCAUGCAGACGCAGAGCUACCCUAAAGGCGGCCUCCUGGACAGCCUCUGCCCAUCAUCCUCGGUGCCCGGCACACUUGGGCCAGAGCAGGACUUCCAGAUGUUCCCCAAGGCCCGAAUCAGCACCGUCAGCGUCAACUACUGCUCCGUCGGCCAGGACUUCCCAGCCGGCAGCCUAAACCUGCUCUCCAGCGCUUCUGGGAAACCCAGGGACCACGACUCGGCGGAGACGGGCGGCGACAGCUUCGAGAGCUCGGAGUCGCUGCUGCAGUCCUGGAACAGCCAGUCGUCUCUGCUGGAUGUGCAGCGGGUUCCCUCCUUUGAGAGCUUCGAGGACGACUGCAGCCAGUCGCUGGGCCUCAGCAAGCCGACCAUGUCCUUCAAGGACUAUAUCCAGGACCGGAGUGACCCGGUGGAGCAGGGCAAACCAGUUAUACCCGCGGCCGUGCUGGCCGGCUUCACAGGAAGCGGGCCUAUCCAGCUGUGGCAGUUUCUUCUAGAAUUGCUCUCCGACAAGUCCUGCCAGUCAUUCAUCAGCUGGACGGGGGACGGGUGGGAGUUUAAGCUCGCUGACCCCGACGAGGUGGCCCGCCGGUGGGGAAAGAGGAAAAACAAGCCCAAGAUGAACUACGAGAAGCUCAGCCGGGGUUUGCGCUAUUACUACGACAAGAAUAUCAUCCACAAGACGUCGGGGAAGCGCUACGUGUACCGCUUCGUGUGCGACCUGCAGAACUUGCUGGGCUUCACGCCCGAGGAACUGCAUGCCAUCCUGGGCGUCCAGCCGGACACGGAAGACUGA